AUGUGCAAACACUCUCCAAAGUUCCAAAUUCACCCCCUUCGUGUGCCAACAGCAAGAUCAUAUCUGCGACACAUGUCAACACAGGAUCAUCUUACAACGGACCUUGAAGAGGUGGGAACUGGUCGAUUGUCGGGAUGGUCAGACCUUGAAGAAGUGGGAACUGGUCGAUUGUCGGGAUGGUCAGACCUUGAAGAGGUGGGAACUGGUCGAUUGUCGGGAUGGUCAGACCUUGAAGAGGUGGGAACUGGUCGAUUGUCGGGAUGGUCAGACCUUGAAGAGGUGGGAACUGGUCGAUUGUCGGGAUGGUCAGACCUUGAAGAGGUGGGAACUGGUCGAUUGUCGGGAUGGUCAGACCUUGAAGAGGUGGGAACUGGUCGAUUGUCGGGAUGGUCAGACCUUGAAGAGGUGGGAACUGGUCGAUUGUCGGGAUGGGGCCGUCCCUCUGCCCUUCCCCACCCUCCAGGGGCCGUCCCUCUGCCUCCCCACCCUCCAGGGGCCGUCCCUCUGCCUUCCCCACCCUCCAAGGGCCGUCCCUCUGCCUUCCCCACCCCCCAGGGGCCGGGCCGUCCCUCUGCCUUCCCCACCCUCCAGGGGCCGUCCCUCCCUGGGGCCGUCCCUCUGCCUUCCCACCCUCCAGGGGCCGUCCCUCUGCCUUCCCCACCCUCCAGGGGCC